AUGGAGGGUCCUACUCCUGUAUCAGCUUUAUUACAUGCUGCUACAAUGGUUUGUGCUGGAGUAUUUGUAUUAGUAAGAUCUAAUUUUAUAUUAGAAUAUACCCCAUCUAUAUUAUUAGGAAUAUUAUGA